AUGGCGGAAAAAGACGUAGAGCUACCAAGUGUUUACGUUGACGAGGAGACGGGCGAGGAUGUGCUGGACCAGAGCCACGGCUCGCAAUCGAAACCCUUCAAAAGCCUGGGUGCGGCCUACCUGCAAUUUGGGGACAAGGCGACGUACUUAGUUCCGAACAAGGAUAAAGAAGAUGGGGAGUCGGCAUGGAAGUCUGCAGCCAAGGCAGCUCUGAAGAAAGCGGCCAACUAUGCGGACGCGCAGCGGAAGAAGGCAGGCAAGGAGAAGGAGCUGGCGUUGCGGCAGCAGAAGGAGCAGGAGGAGCGAGAUAAGGCGUUAGAGGAGGCCAAGAGGAUUGUCAUCAAGGAGGAUUUGAGCCUGCCCAAGGCCGUGAAGAUCAACCUGGGCGAGACGAGGCCGGAGGUGGUGAAGUUGGGGAGUGGAGAGCGGAGUAAAGACGUCGAUUAUGCUUCAGGCGACAGAGGGACGCGGGUAAGAGUCUUUGGGCGAGUGCAUCGCGAGCGUAAGCAGAAGGAAGUCAUCUUCGUCACGCUGCGAGACGGCUACGGCUUCAUGCAGUGCGUCCUCACUGGGCCCUUAGCUAAGACCUACGAUGCCGUUACCCUCACCCGCGAAACGAGCAUGAUGAUCACGGGCGAGAUGUGGCAAGUCCCGCCUGGCGCUCAUGCUCCGGAUAACCGCGAACUACACGCCGACUACUUCGAGAUUAUCGGUAAAGCGCCCGGCGGCGAGGACGCCAUUACCAACAAAGUCCAGGCCAAAGGCGACGCUCAAACCCUCCUCGACCAGCGACAUCUCGUCCUGCGGGGUGAGACAGCCGCGGCAGUAAUGUUCGUCCGCGACGCCGUCGAGCACGCCUUCAACGUACGAUACCACGAACUCGGCUACAUCAAGGUCGCGCCCCCCGCCCUCGUGCAAACCCAAGUGGAAGGCGGCAGCACCCUCUUCGACAUAAAUUACUACACCGAGAAAGCCUACCUAACCCAAUCCUCGCAACUCUACCUCGAAACCGCGCUCCCCUUCGCAGGAAACUGCUACUGCAUCGAGAAAUCCUUCCGCGCGGAGAAAUCCCUCACCCGCCGUCACUUAUCGGAAUACACCCACGUCGAGGCAGAAUUAGACUUCAUCACCUUCGACGACCUCCUAACGCACCUCGAAGACCUCAUCUGCUCGGUAAUCUCGAUUGUCCUGUCCAACCCACGCAUGGCGAAACACCUCCAAGAACUCAACCCCAACUUCCAAAUGCCGACUCGACCCUUCAAACGCAUGCGAUACUCCGACGCCAUCGAGUGGUUACAACAACACGACAUCAAGAACGAGAACGACCAACCGCAUACCUUCGGCGACGACAUUGCCGAAGCGGCCGAACGCCGCAUGACCGACAUCCUGAAUGUGCCGAUCUUCCUAACCCACUUCCCCGUCGAGAUCAAGGCUUUCUACAUGGCCAAAGAUACCCUCGACCCCCGCGUUACCGAGAGCGUGGACGUGCUUAUGCCGGGUGUCGGUGAGAUUGUGGGCGGGAGUAUGCGUAUGUCCGACUACGAUGAGUUAAUGGCGGCGUAUAAGCGCGAGGGGAUCGGCGCGGAGGCGUAUUAUUGGUAUACGGAUCAGCGGCGGUAUGGCACGAGUCCGCAUGGAGGAUAUGGGUUGGGGCUGGAGCGGUUUUUGGCGUGGUUGUGUGGGUUGCAUACAGUUAGAGAGGCUUGCUUUUAUCCUCGGUAUAUGGGACGGUGUCGGCCGUGA